ACUUUAAACCGUCGAAUGGUCGUCAUUGAAGUCUCAUCCUUUGUGAUUAACCCUGUAGAGUGUAGAUGGAUAACUGAUAUUAGGCAUGUAUGUACUCUCCCAGAUGAAAACAAGAAAAAUGAGAAAAUUCUCUCAAAACCCCUUGUACAAGAGCUUAUUAAUACAAAGUCUGCCCGUGUAUGCCUGGAGGAUCUGGAAGCUAAGUAUGAGAAGAAACUGAAGGAUGUUGGAUCUAUCUAUCAUAGGGUUCAUGUCGAUACUAUACCAACAGAAUACAUUUGCUGCAGGCACUGUGAGAAGGUUUAUAUAAUGUCUGGAACGCGCACGCAUAUAAACCUGGUUCGGAAGAUAGAGAUGCACGACUGCUAUAUUAAGCACGCUCGCCAUGCAAACAUGAAUCUUCAGGACCCGCAGGAUGAGAAAGAUCUUAAAAUAAUUCUGCUUCUUNGUUGA